AUGCCAACCGCACCAGGCGGCGGGUCGAAACACCGAGGCGUGCUGCUAUUCGGCAGCCAUCCCAAGAAGCCCAAGCACUCGGCCGUCGCGGCCAAGAACACGGCUGCCGCGACCAAGCGACGCGAGGCCGCCGUGAAGGCGGUCAAGUUCCAGAAGGCCCCCAAGCAGCCUCCGAUGGUGUCGGCGGCCCCGCUCUCUCUUAAGCGGUCAACCUCUUCCUCCGUCGUUAGGGUGGCGGAGGGCUCCACCAACAACCGCCGCAUAGACCCAGCCGCUGAUCUCCGGGAGGGGCAGGAGAGGAACGCACGGGAGGUGCGGGAGGAGAAAGAAGCCGCCGCCAAGAAGGCGGAGGCCGACAAGGCGGCCGCAGCCAAGGCAGCGCAAGUGGACGCGGAUGCCGCGGCCCAGGCCCAAGCCGACGCUGCGGUGAAGAAAAGGGCAGAGGACGCCCCGGUCAGGGAGAGGGAAGGUGACGAUGCUGUCUUGCCAGAGGUGGAGGUGCCUCCGCGGCCGCCGACUGUGGAUGCGCAGGGCAGCCAGCCGGCCGCCCCAUUGGUGACGCCAGCCGGAGGGGAGCUGGUGGUGGGCUCGGGUCCCACGGCCCGCACUCCAGUGCACCGUCGUGUGGAGAAAGCGGCAUCGGUACCGAGGCCAACGGGGGUCGGGAGCGCCAGUUCAACGACCCUUGAAGCCGAAGCAACCAGCGCCGCGCCGGCCGAGUGGGUGCAUGGGGGCGGGACGAGCGCCUUGAUCAAGGCAGCGCAGGACGUCCAGGCCGAUUUCAAGGCCAAAGCCGCCGCCCUCUUGCAGUGCAUGAAGGCGUUCGUGAAGACGCGGGCCACCGUCCGGGAUUACCACAACAUCCGUGCGGCCACCUUUAAUGCCCAUGUCCGGGAGCUGGACCGACGGACCGCCGAUUUGACGGAGAGCAGGACUAACACCGCGCUGCGUGCAAAGGAGGACGAGUGCAACAAGGCAGCCCAGGAGCGCGACUGCGUGGCCAAGGAACUGAAGGACCAGGCGGAACUUCACAAGGCGGCCUUGAAGCAGGCGGCAGACAAUGAAGCCAGGCUGCUGGGUGAGUUUGAGACCAAGCGCACAAGUUGGGCUGACACGAAGGCGGUGCUGACUGCCGGCUAUGGCAGGAUCGAAGACAUAGUCGACGACUUCUUCCCCGGCAAUUCCGUUGUCGCCAACCAGGCCAUUGAGGCUCGCCGCGAGGAGCGAAGGGCGGAAGGCGCGGAGAUCGCUGCCGACGCCCCUCGAACCCUUGGCGAGCAACUCCUUAGCAUUCAGGCUCGUCUCCAGCCGGCCAUCCGGAUGCUCCGCCAGCUGUAG